AUGGGCAAGAUCAAGUUCAUAAUGCAGAUGGAACAGGAACGCUUUCAUAUUUCACAAGACGGCCAGGUACAAGUUACAACCUCCGAUUGCGACGAGCAUACAUUCUGUGCACCACACUACAGUUGGGGGUACCAGAGAUAUGUCCAGAAAUCGACGCUUAGAGCUCUGUCGGAUGCCAACAACGGCCGUUUCACGAUAAGAUGUGUUCUCCAGGUCAUACAUGAAACUCGAACGGUGCGCAACAGGAGACCUGUCGAGGUGCCGCCGCCGAGCCUGCGAGAGAGCCUUGAGCACAUGCUCAAGGAUGAAGAAGGUGCAGAUGUGACGUUCAGUGUGCGCGACCAGCUGUUCAGAGCCCAUAGAUGUGUGUUGGCUGCACGUUCUAAGGUUUUCAAGGCCGAGCUCUUUGGACCGAUGAAGGAAAGCAAGACAGGGCACAUCAUGGUGGACGACAUGGAGCCCGAGGUCUUUGAGGCACUUCUUCACUUCAUGUACACGGACGCUAUGCCAGAUGACGAUGAAGACGAAGGCAAAAUUGUAAGGCUACAACACUUGCUAGUUGCCGCGGACAGGUACGGAGUAGAUAGGUUGAAGGUCAUGUGUGAAGACAAGCUCUAUGAGGGCAUUGAUGUCGAGACAGUUGCAACCACGUUGCUUCUAGCAGAGCAGCAUCACUGCGAGGAUGUUAAGGAAGCUUGCAUUCAGUUUAUAAGUUCACCACGGGACAAACUACGUGCUAUCAUGGCAACUAAUGGAUUCAAGCAACUUGUAGCUAGUUGUCCUUUGCUCAUGGAGGAUAUACUGAAGGGGGUGUCAUGCACCUAG